UUUUUUUUUAUAUCAAAUACUGUGAUUGCAUUAUCAAAUUAAUAAUGGGCAAAGAAAAACAACAUGUUAGUAUUGUUGUUAUCGGCCAUGUUGAUUCUGGCAAAUCAACUACCACAGGCCAUUUGAUCUAUAAAUGCGGAGGUAUUGACAAGCGUUCUAUUGAGAAGUUUGAAAAAGAAGCUGCUGAGAUGGGCAAGGGCUCGUUUAAAUACGCCUGGGUUUUGGACAAAUUAAAAGCCGAAAGAGAAAGAGGGAUCACCAUUGAUAUUGCUUUGUGGAAAUUCGAGACACCCAAAUACUAUGUCACUGUUAUUGAUGCUCCAGGGCACCGAGAUUUCAUCAAGAACAUGAUCACAGGCACCUCUCAAGCUGACUGUGCUAUUUUGAUUGUUGCUGGAGGUGUUGGUGAGUUUGAAGCUGGCAUCUCUAAGGAUGGGCAAACCAGAGAACACGCGUUGCUAGCAUACACGUUGGGUGUCAGACAGCUAAUCGUUGCUGUGAACAAGAUGGACUCUGUCAAAUGGGAUGGUAAAAGAUUUUUGGAGAUCAUAAAAGAGGUGUCCAGUUUCAUCAAGAAAGUGGGCUACAACCCCAAGAGUGUGCCUUUUGUUCCGAUCUCUGGGUGGAAUGGCGACAACAUGGUUGAGCCCUCCUGCAACUGUCCAUGGUACAAGGGCUGGACCAAAGAAACCAAAGUUAGAAAUUAUGGCGGCAAGACUUUACUAGAAGCUAUUGACUCGAUUGAGCCACCAACCAGACCCACUGACAAGCCAUUGCGUUUGCCAUUGCAAGACGUGUACAAAAUCGGUGGUAUUGGAACUGUGCCAGUUGGCAGAGUCGAAACUGGUGUGAUCAAGCCAGGCCAAGUUGUUACUUUUGCUCCAGUUGGUGUCACCACUGAGGUCAAAUCUGUUGAAAUGCACCACGAGUCUUUGCCACAAGGUGUUCCAGGUGACAAUGUUGGAUUCAAUGUGAAGAAUGUUUCUGUCAAAGAUAUCAGACGAGGCAACGUUUGUGGCGAUGCUAAGAACGACCCACCAAAGGGCUGCAAGUCGUUUGAUGCUCAGAUUAUUAUCUUGGACCACCCUGGACACAUCUCUGCCGGCUAUUCUCCAGUGUUGGAUUGCCACACUGCUCACAUUGCUUGCAGGUUCUCUGAAUUGUUGACCAAGAUCGACCGAAGAAGUGGCAAGACAUUGGAAGAAGAACCAAAGUCACUCAAAUCCGGCGAUGCUGCUAUUGUCAGAAUGGUCCCAUUCAAGCCAAUGUGUGUUGAAGCAUUUGCUGAGUAUCCACCACUCGGCAGAUUUGCUGUCAGGGACAUGAGACAGGCAGUUGGUGUUGGUGUAAUUAAAAAGGUGGAUAAGUCCGAACCAACAUUUGCCAAAGUGACUAAAGUUGCGAUCAAGACAUCGAAGAAAUGA